AUGCGAGAAUUGACCGACAUUGCUCUCCAACAACUAUACUGGGCUUGUCGAAGAAGAACCGGCUUUCCGGGAGACAUCCCAGACGAGUCGAAAGGAGAGGUCUCAACGGAUGACAUCUUGAAGGGGCUGGGCCUGAUGAAGCCCGAGUUCGACGAGCUGAAUUUUCCAAAGGAGACAGAACCAUUGGUGCACAACACCUACAACGGCGUACGGCAGGUGCCGCAGAGAUGGUUCCACGCCAUCACUCCGCGGGAUGACACCGACGACAUGGAGAAGCAGUCCGUCGUGUCGACCGGAUCGGCGUCCAGCAGCAGCCCUCAAGCAGCCAACGAACCGGUGCAAACAACCAUCACCACCAACACUAACACCAACACCAACACCAAUACCCACCUACCCUCAGAAUCCGACGUUGUUCGCACACCGCCGUCCGAGGAGAUUAACAUGAAGGCCCAGUUUGAGCUGGCAUCUUCGCUCUCGCCCGCACCUCGAUCGGAGCGCGCCAAGAAUCGGACGCGCUCUCAGGACGAACCCCUUUUUAACACCCAGGCGCACGUCAUGGAACCGCACCUAGACGUCGAUGCUUUCGUCGACAUGAGUCUCUGCACGUCCCCCACGCUGCAACCACACCCUCCAUACUAUGGCCAGUCCACCAUGUCCUUCAGCAUGCCGGAGAUGGCUCUGCUGCCGCAAUUGCCGCCGGAGCAACAGGCCCAGCAGCCUUCCCGCGAUCUCGUAUACAACAGCUACCUGUCGACGUGGCCCGGGCUUGUGGUUACCGGUCAUCGAUCGUCGGCGCCUGGGUGA